GCAUUAUACACACACACAAGCACUCACUCAAGUGCCGUCCAUUGCAGACAGAGUUGUAGCCUUUCCAACAAGAAAAACUGACACAAAAUCAAGAGGUCCAGCCAUGGAGGGGGCGAUGGUGGGGUGGUGGCCAUGGUUUGGAUCGGCGGUGGCGAGCACCAUCUUCCUAUGGUCCAUGGUGCAGAGCCACAUCCCGGACACCGUCCGCCUCAACCUCGCCGCUUUGGCCGCCAAGCUCACCGCCUACUUCAACCCGUACCUCCAGAUCACCAUCUCCGAGAACAGCGGCGAGCGAUGGAAGCGGAGCGAGCUCUUCCUCGCCGUUGAGGCCUACCUGAGCGACGUGUGUGCUCGUCGCGCGCGUAGGCUCAAAGCCGAGCUCGGCAAGGACAGCAAGAACAUCCAGGUCUCCGUCGACGACCACGAGGGGGUCACCGACGACUUCUCCGGCGCCACGCUCUGGUGGUACGCCUCCAAGCAGCCACCCAAGGCCAAUGUCAUCAGUUUCUACCCUGGUGAGGACGAGAAGCGCUUCUACCGAGUCAUCUUCCACAAGCGACACCACGACCUCGUCAUCGAUUCUUACCUGCCCUUCAUCCUCGGUGAGGGCCGCACCGUCACCAUCAAGAACCGCCAGCGCCGCCUCUUCACCAACAAGGCCAGCGGCAGCUCGAGCCCUUACGGGGCCAAGAGCGUCUGGAGCCAUGUACCGUUCGAGCACCCGGCGACCUUCGACACCCUUGCCAUGGACCCCAAACAGAAGGAGGACGUCAUCGACGACCUCAUGGCGUUCCAGGAGAGCAAGGAGUACUACGCUAAGGUCGGCAAGGCGUGGAAGCGCGGCUACCUCCUUUACGGCCCGCCCGGCACCGGCAAGUCCACUAUGAUAGCCGCCAUGGCCAACUUCCUCGACUACGACAUCUACGACCUCGAGCUCACGGCCAUCAAGAACAACACCGAGCUACGGAAGCUCUUCAUCGAGACGACGGGCAAGUCCAUCAUCGUCAUAGAGGACAUCGACUGCUCCGCCGACCUCACCGGAAAACGCCGCAAGGACAAGAAGGCCUCCGGCGACAAGGACUCCAAUGACAACGACAAACCCAAGCUGCCAGUGGAGCCAGAGAAGGACGAUGAGACCAAGGUGACACUCUCUGGCCUACUCAACUUCAUCGACGGGUUGUGGUCUGCUUGCGGCGGCGAGCGAAUCAUCAUCUUCACCACCAACUACAAGGAGGAGCUGGACCCGGCUCUGAUCCGGCGGGGCAGGAUGGACAAGCACAUUGAGAUGUCUUACUGCCGCUUUGAGAGCUUCAAGAUACUUGCCAAGAACUACCUAGAUGUCAUCGAGCACAAACUGUUCGGGGAGAUUCAGCAGCUGCUCGAGGAGACCGACAUGUCGCCCGCUGACGUGGCAGAGAACCUGAUGCCCAUGUCCAAGAAGAAAAAGAGGGACCCUGACGUGUGCUUGGCAGGCCUCAUCCAGGCGCUCAAGCAGGCCAAAGAAGACGCAGCAGCAGCCAAGGCCAUGCAAGAAGAGGAGGCCAAGGAUGCUGAAGCAAAGAAAGCCAAGCAAAAACUGGAGGCUGAAGUGAAUACAGCCAAGGAGAAAGAGGAGGCUCAAGUGAAGAAAGCCAAGGAGAAAGAGGAAGGCAAAGACAAAACAUCAGAGGAAGCCAAUGGAGACAGCAUGCAAGCUGACAAGAUGCAGGAGUAGAGUGAGCAUUUCACUACCUGCUCCGUGGCCGAAAGAUAUGGAGUGCUGGUUCAAAUAAAACAUAUGUCACCCAAAUGAAAUGAAAUAAUGCAGCUUCCUUUUCUCAUUUGUUAA